AGUCGCAUACUGAUGACGUAGUGCGGCCUGCUCCUGCGCCGGGCCUGGGUUGUGGGAGUAAUGGAGAGUGGGGCGAGAACAUGAAUAAAGGCUGGCUGGAGCUGGAGAGCGACCCGGGGCUCUUCACCCUGCUGGUAGAGGAUUUUGGUGUUAAAGGUGUUCAAGUGGAGGAGAUCUAUGACCUACAUUGUAAAGUUCAGGGCCCAGUAUAUGGAUUCAUCUUCCUAUUUAAAUGGAUUGAAGAGCGGCGAUCACGGCGCAAGGUAACACCACUAGUGGAUGAGACAUCAGUGUUCGAUGAGGAGAUUGUUAAUGACAUGUUCUUUGCUCACCAGCUGAUCCCAAACUCAUGCGCAACGCAUGCGUUGCUCAGUGUCCUCCUGAACUGCGACAAUGUUGAAUUGGGACCUACCCUCAGCCGGAUGAAAGACUUUACCAAAGGAUUUAGCCCAGAGAGUAAAGGCUAUGCAAUCGGUAAUGCUCCAGAACUAGCAAAGGCACACAACAGCCAUGCCAGACCUGAACCACGGCACCUUCCAGAGAAGCAGAAUGGGAUUAGUGCUGUGCGGACCAUGGAAGCCUUUCAUUUUGUCAGCUACGUUCCCAUUAAAGGUCGCCUCUUUGAGCUGGAUGGUUUGAAAGCCUAUCCCAUAGAUCAUGGGCCUUGGGGUGAGGAUGAAGAGUGGACAGACAAAGCACGAAGAGUUAUAAUGGAGCGAAUAGGACUGGCUACUGCUGGAGAACCAUACCAUGAUAUCCGUUUCAAUCUAAUGGCUGUGGUGCCAGAUCGCAGAAUGAAGUAUGAGACCAAAUUGAGCCUUCUGAAGAUGAACCGGCAGACGGUGCUGGAGGCCCUCCAGCAGCUGAUCCGUGUCACCCAGCCAGAACUAAUCCAAACGCAGAAACCUCAAGAAGCUCAGGCCAUGGAAGAAGCAAAGCAAGCCUUGAACAAGCCAGCACCGGAAUCAGAAAGCAACAAGGCACGUCAUGUUCAGGAAACCCUGCACACAGGAUCCAGUGAAGCCUCCAUACCUCCAACUCAACCACCUUGUACGUCCAGCCCAUCCAGUAAACUAAAACCUCCAAGCAAGCCUAUAAUGCCCAGUACAAACGGACCCACGUCUGCUCCUAGUCCUGUCAUCCUGCGGCUUCCAGCUUUCCUUGAUAACCACAAUUAUGCCAAAUCGCCUAUGCAGGUGCUGCCUGACCUACUGAGUUCCUCCAGUGUUAGUAUUUUGCUCCAGGAAGAGGAAGAUUUUGCAUCCGGAGUUGGUCGAGGCCGCCUUCCCGUCCCCUCUCACCACCGUUACUCAGACAACGAUGAUGAAUAUGAUGAGGAAGAGGAGGAGGAUUGCCAGAACACGAACACUGCUAUUAGCAGAGCUCAGGUUCUCUUGCCAAUAGUCGUCCAGUGUACACUAAAGGACCUUGGAAUCAGAGAAAUACGGUAUAAAAGGAAGAGCCAUCUGUUACAGGAACAACGACCCACUGAGCAGCUUUCUCUUCUGCAGCCCAACACUAUCAACGUGCUGACUGAGAAGCUCAAGGAAUCUCAGAAGGACUUGUCAAUUCCCCUUUCCAUAAAAACCCUUGGAGGUGUUCCAGCUCACCCCCAGGCUUCCCCAACGCCCAGCAACGAGAGUACGGACACUGCCUCUGAGAUCGGGAGUGCUUUCAACUCCCCACUCCGCUCCCCCAUCCGUCCAGCCAAUCCCACUCGUCCCUCCAGUCCGGUCACCUCUCACUUCUCCAAGGUGUUGUUUGGGGAGGAGGAAAGUCUAUCUCGUGUCGACUGCAUGUGUUAUAACAGAGCAGUGCGGGACCUCGGUCCCGUUGUUAGCACAAAUCUGUUGCACCUAGGUGAUGAAGGAACGCUACAGACCCUUGGAAUCACCGACCAGCAGAAAACAGACUCCAUUAAAAGCUCACCAUUGCCUCAUACUGUGGACAGGCCUACAGAAGUCAAAAUGGAGGAUGGGAAAGAGUCCCCUGGAUCAUGUGACAGAAAGGAGAAAUUUUCAGGGACUGCAAAUAAUGAACAAAAUGUUGCAGAAAAAUAUUCCCCCAAGGAGUUGCUGGCCUUAUUAAAGUGUGUAGAGGCUGAGAUCUCUAAUUGUGAGGUGUGCCUUAAGGAGGAGGUAGAAAAGAGGAAGAAGUACAAGAUUGAUGAUCAGCGAAGGACCCAUAAUUAUGAUGAGUUCAUCUGUACGUUCAUCUCCAUGCUCUCUCAAGAAGGAAUGCUGGCCAGCCUGGUGGAGCAGAACAUCUCUGUGCGGAGGAGACAGGGCGUGAGCAUCGGACGCUUGCACAAACAGCGCAAACCAGACCGGCGGAAACGUUCCCGGCCAUACAAAGCCAAGCGGCAGUGAAGAUGAGAGCAUAGGCACCCUCCGCCUUUGGCGUCAGAGCCAUCCCGCAAGGCGGGCAAGCAAUUCUUGUCGCUGAGGAGCACGGCUUCAGUUGCUGGAGCUGCUCACUCGCAUCACGGGCUCUUGUCAGGAACACAAGAUGAUUACACUAACUUCUGGUCUGGACAAUGAAGCCAUCCACAGUGCAGUAGAACUGAGGAUAGGAUCAGUCAAUAAUGGGUCCAGUGAAAUUAAGCAACUGCUUUGUAAUGAUGGACCAACCAUAGCCAGAGUCCGUGUGCUCUUCUCAGCACCCUGCAAAGCUUGCCAGCAGGACGGUAAUAUUACAUGGGAACUACAACCUUGGUCUGGCCCCCUGCUCUGUGUGUACUGCGUAAGGUAGCUCCAUAUGUGAAUUUUCUUCACCUUGCACCAUCCAAAUUCAAGCUUUACUCCAAACUCACUGCUGUCUUUGGAAGUGCUUUUUAUACUGGAGACUAGCUAACAGACGACUGUGAUAUGCCUGACCACUGACCGAGUGCUGGAAGGGACGAGAUUACUCAACCAGUGAUAAUAGAAGAAGGACCUUGGGAUAAUGCCCUGUUCAGUCAGAGGAGCGCAAUUCCAAUUUUGAAUUUAUUACCAGUUUGAAUUAAAGAGCACUUUUUUUAAAACUUGUU